UAUUCCAAAUCAUCGUCCAACCAACCCUAUAAAUGUUGCGCUUACGUAAAACUCAUCUAUUAGGGUCAUCUAACAACAAAACUUUGGAAUAAACAUUAAUAAACAACUUCGAGGAAGCGGUUAAUACAGAAUAUAUCGGCUUAAUAUUGUGUUAUGGAAGACAAGAUAAUAGACGAGAGAGACAAAGGAUGGGCUUGGAUCGUUGCCGCGGCGACCUUUGUUACUAGCAUCACUUCUGUCGGAUUUGUUAGAACGAAGGGUGUUUUAUACGUUUACUUUAUGCUUAAUCUGGGACUGGAUAGAACGCAUUCGGCAUUGCCACUCAGCAUAAUGUCAGCAAUAAUGAAUUUGUCAGGACCCAUCUUUCCGUUUAUCAUGCAAUACCUGACCAUUAGAAAAUUAGUUAUUUUUGGAAGUCUUCUUAGUUCAUUGGGAUGUAUUCUUUGCUAUUUCUCAUCUCAUUUUAUAUCUCUCGUUAUAUUUUUGGGUAUAAUUAAUGGUAAGUCAUAUAUAGUUUUAAAUCGGUUACGAUCAAACAUCGUAUUUAAAAUGGAAAUAAUAAUUUCUUUAGGUUUCGGUAAUGCUAUUAUUUUCAUUUUAAGUUCCAUUAUCGUGGACAGUAAUUUUAAAAUGUACAAAACCACAGCAAUGGGAAUAUUCAGAUCCGGUGCAUCAGCUGGCGCUUUUGCUCUUCCACCUUUGAUGGAAUAUUUAAUAUCUAUUUACGGUUUGAAAGGAUCUUUCUUACUUUUUGGAGGCAUUUUACUGCAGGGAACAGUCGCAGCUUGUCUGUAUCGCCAACCAAGAAACACAGAAAACGCUCAGAAGUCUGAGGAUGAAGGAGAAACCUCGUGGAAAACACUACAAACUAAUAUAGAAGUUAUCAAAGAUCCCAUGUUUUUGGUGAUAGCGUUUACUUUUAUAAUGCUACGUUUGUUUAUUAGUAUUUUCGGAAAUGUUAUUACAGAUUUUGGAAUAGACAAAGGAAUAAAUAUACAGUCUUCAGUAUUUCUAGUAUCGUCUUUUGCUAUUUCGGAUCUGUUUGGACGUUUGGGUUUGAGUUGGAUUGUAGAUUUUGGAUUUAUUAAAAGAGUGAACAUUGUCAUCAUAUGUUACUUUUCAUUGGCCGUUCUACUGUGCAUACUUUCUCUGACAUGGAAUUAUGCACUAAUGCUGACUAUUACGUUUAUCAUCGGAAUUUUUUCUGGCUGCAUUGCUACUCAACAGACAAUUCUAAUGUCUGAAAAUUUAGGAGUUAAAAAGUUACCUGUGGCUGUUGGGUUAGAGUGUUUCUUAGCAGGAUUAUCACUUUUACUUCUUGAUACGCCAAUAACAGUGUACUUCAGAGAAAAUUUGGGAAGAUACGAUUAUUUGUUUUAUUUCUUAGCAUCUCUUUUCUUACUUUUUGCAAUUCUAUGGAUAAUGGAGCCUCUCGUACAAAAAUUACGCAAUAGAAAUAAUCAGUGUGUAACAAAAUUGUAAAAAACAUCUGAUACUAUUUCAUACUAAGAAAU